UCUUGAUGUUGAUGUCACUGCUUUGGUCGUCACAAUAAUAUUGCCUUUCUUCCCGUCAGCUAUAUAAAUGUUGUCCUCACUCUCCCUAACCAUUUGACGAUCCGACCCCAACCCUGGCACCGUUCAAAGAAGCUCUACGACUCAAUAUAUAGAGUCGCUCUUUCUAUCCCAUUCACUACAACUCCCCCUCUAGCCAUCAUUCAGUCAUCUCACCCUAACAGUAUGCCCGGUGCAAUACCAUAUAUUGGAAAUGCGACAAGGAUAUGGGAGAUCAAUGUGCACUGGAGCUUGUAUUCUCAGUGCGGAAUUUGGGAUCCUAAAGGUCGCGGCGUGGAUAUUUGGGAAUGCAUUAGAGCUCAUGACUCAACCCAGCUUACCCAGCCACCUAACGGUCUUUACUGGCGCUACAUCGCCCGCCGGUAAUCAGUCUAUGGUUUCAUGAACACUGCCAUAAAACAAACCUUGACGCCGUGAUUUCAUCACGUUACCGCUCUUGGUCAUUUGGUACCCACAGACGCCUAACCCGGUCUAAGGACUGCGUCAUGCCACCCUCAACGUCGCAAGUGAAGGUUAUAUAUCUCCCAGGCAUAGGAGAGACACGCGUGAUCACAUUGCCUUCGCCGAGGGAUGUGGAGGGU